AUGCAGUACGCUCAUGAGAACUGCGUGCAGAAUCACUCUUGUUCUGCGGUCCUGGGCUGGCGUGGGGAGCCCACUGGAAACGCGGGCCUGGGAAAAACAUGCAGCUUGAAGGCGGGGCCCACCCAGUUCGAGCUUAAACUUUGGAACAAAUAUCGAAUUUCCAACAUUCCAUCGCUAAUAUUCCUAGAUGCCACCACCGGGAAGGUUGUGUGCAGGAAUGGGCUGCUGGUGAUCCGUGAUGACCCAGAAGGUUUGGAAUUCCCUUGGGGACCUAAACCCUUCAGGGAAGUCAUUGCAGGGCCCUUGCUUAGAAAUAAUGGGCAGUCCCUGGAGAGCAGCAGCCUGGAGGGGUCUCACGUGGGAGUCUAUUUCUCCGCACACUGGUGUCCCCCCUGCCGAAGCCUCACCCGGGUCCUGGUGGAAUCCUACCGGAAGAUCAAGGAGGCAGGCCAGAAAUUCGAGAUCAUCUUUGUUAGUGCAGACAGGUCAGAGGACUCAUUCAAACAGUACUUCAGCGAGAUGCCCUGGCUUGCGGUCCCCUACACCGACGAGGCCCGGCGGUCGCGCCUCAACCGGCUGUACGGAAUCCAAGGCAUCCCCACCCUCAUCGUGCUGGACCCGCAGGGGGAGGUGAUCACGCGGCAGGGGCGGGUGGAGGUGCUGAAUGACGAGGACUGCAGGGAGUUCCCGUGGCACCCCAAGCCCGUGCUGGAGCUGUCCGACUCCAACGCCGUGCAGCUCAACGAGGGCCCCUGCCUCGUCCUUUUUGUCGAUUCUGAGGAUGACGGGGAGUCCGAGGCGGCCAAGCAGCUGAUCCAGCCGAUAGCGGAGAAGAUCAUCUCCAAGUACAAAGCCAAAGAGGAGGAGGCUCCGCUUCUGUUCUUUGUGGCGGGGGAGGAUGACAUGACUGACUCCCUGCGAGAUUACACCAACCUGCCCGAGGCUGCCCCUUUGCUCACCAUAUUGGACAUGUCGGCCCGGGCCAAGUACGUGAUGGACGUGGAGGAGAUCACCCCUGCCAUCGUGGAGGCCUUUGUGAAUGACUUCCUAGCAGAAAAGCUUAAACCAGAGCCCAUCUAGUGGGGCUCCGGCCUCACGAGACGUUAUUUAAAACUCAGUCUCCUCCUCCUCCUCCUCCUCCCCUCCCUCCCCUCCACCCAUGGACUUUUCCAGCGUGUCCUGAAUCACACAACCCAAGUGUCCAACCUCCCUGUGGUGCCUUGUUUUCUGCAUUAACUCCUCAGCCAGCGCCCUAGGGCGCGCAUCCUCUCAGCAGCAGAAGAACCCACCGUGUUUGGAGACUCUGCUUGGGAUUCACGGGGCUGCCGUAACCGGGCCAGAGCUGGAGCUGUGUCACUGUCUGUCACCAGCACUUGGUGAAGUAUUUGCCAGGUGUCCUGCCGAGUGAGCGUGAAAGGACAGCGCAUGGUGCUCUGGCUCACGGUUCAGUGACACAGGCGGGGCAAGGACAGGGCGGCCGCCUCAUUAGGCCUCAGCUUAGAGCUUCUGGUGAGAAGGCCCUUUCUAGGUGACUUUAGUCUGUCUUGGUCUGAGUAGCUUGUCAGUUGGUUCUUGGGCAGGGGAUCUCAGAUCUCAAAGGAAGCUUGUGUUCUUUUCUGGUGAGAAAAAAAAAAAAAGCUACAGGAAUGAUUCAUAUUGUAAUUGCUUACUUUGAACUCCUACCAUGGGAUAAGAGUUCAUUCCUCCCUUAUCUCUCUUCCUUGAUCUUGACCUCUAAGUUUCUGCCUUCUCAUAUGAACAGCCCCUACCAGCUUGGAAUUUUGUUAAUAAAUUCUUACCCGUGGACAUCUUCCCAAGAAGAUGCACUUGGCCCUGGUUCUUAGAGGAGCACUGCCUCGCCGUGCUGACCUCUGACUCAGCGCAGCCCUGGGCCUGGGACCACUGGAGCUCUGCCAAGGUGCCUGUGCCCACCCCUGCCAUUCCCUUUUCUUUUCAGAGCAGAACUAAAAAGAGACAAAUUACCAGAAGCCUAGCUUUUCCCUAAAAACCUGCAGGAAGAGCUGCACCCUAGGGUGGGAGUGAGGGCAGAGGACACGCUGAUGAAGAGUAGGCCUGGGAUCCACUUUGCUAGGCCCUGGCAGCUUGGCCUCUCCUUAUUUGGGCUGAACUCACCACAGAAAGAGUAACAUCUGUGUUCUAGGAUUUGGGAUAGACGGCUUUGCCUGGGGACUUGCACGGUUUUAGCCUCGCUUCACCAGAUGUCAGGGUCUUUAAAGCAAUCCCAGGCCUUCCCCUUGGCUCCACUCACAGCACUCUGCCAGCCAAGACCAUUUAUUUGGAAAACCCAGCCCCCAAUUAGCUGUAACACUGUCGCUCCUUGCCGAAUUGGAUUGUGGAUUUGUAGUUCAGAGGUACAAAGUUAGUGGGAUUAGACUGUUACUUGAUGUCACCAGCCUGAAAUGCAGUCACCUAGUGAGAAAUAAAGCAGGCAUCUCUGGGCAUUAUCAACCAUUUGGCCGCUCCUGUCCUUAAUAACAAAAAUCUUUUCUCUUGUGGUGCUGUGCUCUCUUAGGAGGUGGGCAGCGGGGGAUGGGACAUAGGCGAUCCUCUCGACUUUCAUUGGGUACCUGGUAGCUAUGUGUCAGAAUUGUCGAGAACCCGGAGACCUAACGCGGUCAUCUGUCAAAUCCUCCAGAAGCCGGCAAGCUCGUUCAGAUUAGAGCGCCAGAGGCAGAUCCUUGCUGGAGGUCUGGCUGCCCAUCCCUCCCAGCUCUACUCGCCCUUGCAGGCGGUGGAUUCUCAGAUGAGACAUCCUGUGGACACGCAUCUUCAUUCCCUCCCAACUGGGGAGCAGGUGCCCUAAAGCUGAAGUCCAGGUGGGGAAACAAGGAACCCUGCAUGUGUCUCCAUGUGAUGAAUGGAGCAAUAGUUGGAGACCAUCAAACCUAGCUCUAUCUUAGGGCUGGGGCUUCUCUGGAGGGUGAAUUGGGGGUAUGGACAAGUUGAGGUGCAUCUCGCUUGGAAGAUGGGCAGGAUUUCUGUCUGUACCCUGUAUCAUGAUGACCUUGGAGGAAAGGUGGCCUUGUAGCAGCCACUUAUCUUCUGGGGUGGAAGAAACAAAGUCCAGUGAGGAGUCCCUGUCUUUGCAGCCGAAAAAUUAGGUCAUCUGUGGUCCUUCUUUGGCUAUUACAGGGCUUACUGAACUACCUGCCACUAAUGUCAACUGGCUCGUUGACGCCAGAACUCCCCUUUGAGAGUGGGUGUGCAGGUUAAGAUCAGUAGGAAGCUUCACUAAAAAGGUGCAUUUGGUUUAUAUAAUGGCGGGCUCUGGGGGAAAUGCUGGGGGAGGAGCGCUUGGCCAGUGCCAGUGAAAUCUCCCUGUCUUGAUAGCGCAAGAGAUCUUAAAGGUUAUUGGUGCAGACGAAGUGGGUGGCUUCUUAAUUUCCACUAAGCACCUCCAAAAUACCUUAAAAUUCUUGUCGCUAAUUGGAAGCAGGUUAAAACACCAGCUGUCGCAUAUUCAAGGGUUUCCGACAGCAGCUAAGGAAACCAUGCCCUGCAGCUUGAGGCAGGAUGGUGGUUGUAAAAAUGCCACCCUGGGGUUCCAGAUUUGUGUUCACCACAAUGACUUCCAGAUUGAGUCUACCAGUUUUCACAACAGAGAUGAGAUUUUUUUUUUUUUUACCUGUCCCCAUCAAUAAAGAUCUGCUUGUUGGGGGCUGUAUUACAAUGGGCAGCUGCAGAUGCCAGAGGGCAACUAAAAACCUUUGCAGCUCCUACACGUGGGUCCUUGAAAUCAAUGGCACUCACUUACCCAAGCACAGGGAGCCAGUACCGCUUUUUUGGCAUCAGCCAAGCUUCAAGUGGUAAUUUUCAGCCAGACUUUGUUUUUUCCUGUUGCCUAAUUAAAGACACUGAAAAGCU